AUGCUCGUGUCAUUGUGUAAAUUUCUUAUCAAAUUGUCAACGAAUGCCAUCGACAUGUUGAGCAGCUACCUCAAUCGCCUCUCAAGGGAGCAUCGUUACGUGGCGUAUGUACUGAGCAAAGAAAAGGAGAAGCUGAAAGAAGGACGAAGCGAGUCACUGUCGGACACCUCUGUGCGUCUAACUGAUCUUCGUCACCGAAUGAACAUGGACGGUUUGUUGCUGGUGCAGUCCGAAGCAGACAUUCAACGAAUGGAAUCGGCGGCGUUGACUGACUGGCAACAACGAUCUGUAAUGGCCAGGCUGAUGAACGCGUUAGGCAGCUGUGUGGCUGCGAACACUGAUCUCCUUUGCUACUUCCUUGCUGUACUUGCACACGCCAGCGGCGGAGGUCUGAUCAACUCUUCCCCUGCCACUAAUGGUGUUCCUCUGGGGAACGCUGUCGAAUCCUCGUCCGAGCAAGUUUUUCUGGGUGGCAAUGAUAGCGUACACCGAGUUCGUGGUAAAUUGGAAGGAAGUCGCUGUCAAUUCCACUAUAUUCGAGUUCCCCAACAGCGUUUCAAACCACAGUCCAAGCAGGGCGCCCCAUCAUUGACGGGCAGAAGAACGGUGUUGGGUGUUCAACGGCAGUCGAAUUUUGCGGCGUUUGACGUUCCUUUGCUGUUUGCGUUGUUUUUCCACAGAUAUAUGUUGAGAAAAUUGGGACUUUGGAAGGAUGCGAAUCUUACCGUCACAUUUAAUCGACAAUCCGACGAAGGAGGUGUGGAGUACCUCGGGGAACAUGAAGGGCCUGCGAAAAAUGCCGCCAAGGGUAAAGCAAAAAGAAAAUCUAGUAAGGACAAGUCUGCUUCGUCUUCGACUCAACAAUCAACGGAGCGGGCGGCGGACAAUGGACAGUCUUUGAAGGCAGCUAAAACACAAAUGGACAUGGACCCUAAUGCAGUGGCAUCAUCCGGAACCCAAGUGUCUCCAGCGCCUCCUAAACCCGCAGAUGGAGAUAGACUUGAAGCUGGCGUGGAUGCUGAUGCUGCACAGGCUCGUGCCGCAGAGGAUCCAGAUGCUGGGAGAAACCCUUUAUCACGCUUUAUUCUGCAACUUUUCAAGCCAAAAUUCCGCUACAUCAGG